UCUAGCAUAGACGUGGUCUUUUUCUCAUCAAGUAAUCAUGGUAGCUACAAAUUAGUAAGUGCGUGUUUUAAAAGAGUUAUGGUACUUUUCUUAAUUAUGUAACCAGGUAGAGUGAGGUAGAAGUAUAACAAGAUCCUUACGAUCAGUGCAAUGUUUCUCAAAAUUUUUUUCAUUAUUACCCCCCAAGGAAACAUUUUCAUCCAUUUUUUUUCCUAACUGCCCCUCCCCAUAGAUAUCUAAUCUGUGAUAUAUAUACAUAUAUACACAUAGACAUAUAUUUUAAUGCUUUGUGUGUAUAUCUGUGCUUUAUACAUAAAACAGUAAGAUUUACUUUUGUUCCCCUCUUAGGAAACAAAUGCAGAAAAUAUAAGAGAUCCAAAAUGUAAAACAGAAGGAAGAUUUAGUGACACGAGAGCUAGCCAAGGUAGAUCAGAGUGGAGAGAAAGGAAGUACAUGGCAAGGCAAAAGAACAACUUGAAAACGAUCUUUGGUUUAGAGGAGCAAUAAAGGAGGUCCUAGAUCAAUAAGGCUAUGCACCACGCAUAAAUCCCACUGUCCCUGAGGUAAUCAAUCAAUGCCUGAGGCAGAUAACUUUCCACGACUCAUAUUUUAGAUAUCUCAUCAAAAAGUGUAGCAUAAAACAAAAUAUUACAACUUUGAAGAAAAACAAUGCUUACACUCAUAUGUCCAAGAAAAUUGUAAGUAGAAAUGCACUAAAGAAUUACAAAAAGGUACCAUGUAAAAUACGAAUAUACCUAUAUAUAUGGAACAUUAAAUGUUUAAAAUAUCAGUCACAUGCUCACUAGGUUAUUUCUUUAUGCCACAUACUUUUACAAGUUUGAGAGAAAAAACUAUCAGAACACAUGAUGGGGUAACGGAUAAAUGACAAAGAAAGUAUUUUUAUUUCAUUUUCUUUAGACUUUAUUGGAAGCCAAGGAAACACGAUGCUGAAGAAAAACCACUCCGACGUGACUGAAUUUAUUCUCCUGGGCCUGACUGACCGAGCUGAGCUGCAGCCUAUACUUUUUGUGGUAUUCCUAGUGAUCUACCUUAUCACAGUAACAGGCAAUGUGAGCAUGAUUUUUUUAAUUAGAAGUGACUCAAAACUGCACACGCCAAUGUACUUUUUCCUCAGUCACCUCUCCUUUGUAGAUCUCUGUUAUGCCACCAAUGUCACUCCGCAGAUGCUGGUUAAUUUCUUAUCUGAGAGAAAAACUAUUUCUUUCAUUGGUUGCGUCAUACAAUUCCAUUUUUUCAUUGCCCUGGUCAUCACAGAUUAUUAUAUGCUUACAGUGAUGGCUUAUGACCGCUACAUGGCCAUCUGCAAACCCUUGUUAUAUGGUAGCAAAAUGUCCAAAUGUGCCUGCAACUCUCUGGUCGCUGCUCCUUACAUUUAUGGCUUUGCAAAUGGACUGGUACAGACUGUACUAAUGCUACAUCUGUCCUUCUGUGGACCCAAUGAGAUCAACCACUUUUACUGUGCAGACCCACCUCUCAUGGUCCUCGCCUGCUCAGACACCUAUGUCAAAGAAACUGCCAUGUUUGUGGUGGCUGGAUCCAACCUCACCUGUUCUCUCACCAUCAUCCUCAUCUCCUAUAUUUUCAUCUUCACUGCCAUCCUGCGCAUCCGCUCUGCUGAGGGGAGACAUAAAGCCUUCUCCACCUGUGGGUCCCAUCUCACGGCUGUCACCAUCUUUUAUGGGACUCUGUUCUGCAUGCACCUGAGACCCCCUUCUGAGGCAUCUGUAGAACAGGGGAAAAUUGUAGCUGUGUUUUAUAUCUUUGUGAGUCCUAUGCUAAACCCUUUGAUCUAUAGCCUGAGGAAUAAAGAUGUUAAAAGAGCAGUAAGGAAAGUUAUCCAAAAGAAAUUGUUUGUUAAAUAAGUAGAUAUUUUGGACACAGGUACCUAAUGUAUCUUUAUCAUCUGGGCAAUUAAUGAGCAUUUUUAAUUAGCAAAUCCUUUCCUGUCAUCGAGAAUUUUUUUGUCUUUCUUACAUCAUAUAUGGACUUUGGAGAGUGUGUCAAAUUAUUCGCUAGAGUUUACAGAGCCAUCACAAUAAAUACACACACACAACAACAACAACAAAUACUGCUUAGAAAUUCAAAUAGAAGACCAGAAGCUAUUGUUACUGCUCUGU